AUGAUGACUGCGCUACAGAUGCAGACCCAGCAGCCGCGAUGGCACUCGGCCUCAGCCUCUGCCUCGUCCGUCAACCCCAACGAGGUCUCGCACUUCAAUGCCCUGGCCGCCGAAUGGUGGGAUCCCCACGGGUCCUCGCGCCUGCUGCACCUGAUGAACCCCCUGCGCCACGACUUCAUCCGCCGCUGUCUCCAGGCCUCCGACUCGGCGCCUCGGCUCGACGACCGCAGCGCCGACAGCACCGUCACGUACCUCGACAUUGGCUGCGGCGGCGGCAUCUUCGCCGAGAGCGCGGCGCGGCUGCCCUCGACGAGGCACGUCACGGCCAUUGACCCCACGCCGUCCGUCCUGAGCGUUGCAAAGGCACAUGCGCGCAAGGACCCGCUGCUGGCCGCGAAGCUCUCGUACAAGCAGUCGUCCAUUGAGCAGCUACAAGUCCCGCCAGAAGGGCACGGCUACGACAUUGUCUCGCUCUUCGAGGUCAUCGAGCACAUUGACGACCCCGGCGCGUUCCUCGACAAGGUGCGGCCGUUUGUCAAGCCGGGCGGGUGGCUCGUCAUGAGCACGAUUGCGCGCACGUGGAUGAGCUGGUUGACGACGAAUCUGAUUGCCGAGGACAUACUGCGAAUCGUGCCGCCGGGAACACAUGAUUGGAACAAAUACCUGAAUGAAGAAGAGCUGAGGGGGUUCCUGGCUGGCAAGGGCUGGGACAGCGCAAACGUCAUGGGCGUGGUGUAUGUCCCUGGGCUGGGAUGGAAGGAGGUCAAGGGCAGUGAAAAGGUGGGAAACUAUUUCUUUGCUGUGCGCAAGGUAUAGUUGGAGAAGAGGUUGGUUGGUUUGUAAAAUUACUUGGCUGGAGAGGUAUGUGACGUAUAUACCUUGCAUGUAUCAAAUAUGGGCAUAGGAGGAUAUGAUACCCUUACAAUGUGCGAUGAAUUAAACAACAGGAGAGAUGGCUAGACGAUGCAAAAGUCACUGUACAAUAUUUGAAUAGAAGCUGGAAAAUACAAAGGCGCUCAAUCUAACCAAGGUUUGGGCCGGCAUCGUUUAAUUCA